AUGUUGUGCCGGUCAUCACUGUGGUUGUGUGGUCCCAAGAUGACGCACACCAACGCGCAACAACAGGUGCUGGAAAUUAACUCCGCUUAUUCACUUCUCCGCAUGUGCUAUCGCUCCAUCGAUAUCAAAGUUAAGUCCCGUCACGCCCGCCAGUUCCUGCAGAGGCGGCUGAUGGAGCAGUGGCAUGUGCAUUGCCGCGAGACGGAUCCGGAGAAGCAGCGGUUUCUGAUGGAUCAUGCGGGAGCUUUCCUUCAGGCGCUUCAUUCCCCCCGCAACCCGAAGCCAGGUGAGCCGAUUGUGUUUCAGUUGUCGAGACGACAAGCAUACGAAGAGGCGCUCAAGGAGAAGGCUGAGCGUGCCACGAAGACGGUGCAUAAAUUACCCGUGGGCGCGAAACUUAGUUGA